GUGAUUAAAAUUGAACUAAUGUGAACGAUAGAUCAUAUGUUGAAAUCCUGUCUCAGAUAGUAAAUCUAUUGAUGAUAAAUUACAGUUUUACAAUCGGCGACAAAAUUUUGCAAAUAUUUGACUUUCUCUCUCCUUUCAAUUCAUGUCCAAAUAUCAAGCUCAGUUAAUCGUCCUCUAAAGACAAGAUCAAGUGAAGUAAUAUUAUUUCAGAAGGUGCCUAUGAUUUUCUUCUCAAGAUCCCAUGUGAAGAGAUACAUUACUACUUUAGCAAAUUCUUCUGCUGAUUUUCUCGAAUCACCCUUCACAAAAUGGGAGCAGAAUUCAUUGACACAACCAACCCAAGUACCAAAUUUGUUAGAAAUUAAUGCCCAGCUGAAAGAAUUUGUGAAAUCUGGUCAUUUGAAAGAUGCUCGUAAACUGUUCGACGAAAUGCCGCAAAGAGAUGAAGUUUCUUGGACGAAUGUGAUAUCUGGGUAUGUUAAUGCUUCAAAGUAUGACGAAGCUUUGUGCUUGUUCUCUAGAAUGUGGGUGGACCCUUGUGUUAGAAUGGAUCCCUUUGUACUUAGUUCAGCUCUGAAAGCUUGUGGACUUAGUAAUAGUCUAAGUAAUGGGAGAUUGUUGCAUGGGAUUUGUGUUAAGAAUGGUCUUGUUAACUCUGUGUUUGUGGGAAGUGCACUGGUGGAUAUGUAUGCUAAAUCUGGCGAUGUUUCGGAAAGUUGUGAGGUUUUCGAUGAGAUGCCGGAAAAGAAUGUUGUUUCGUGGACCGCCAUAAUAACAGGACUGGUGAAGGCUGGUUACUGUAAGGAAGGGUUGUUGUAUUUUUCUGACAUGUGGAGUUCUGGUUUACAUUGUGAUGCAUAUAGUUUUGCCAUUGCAGUGAAGGCUUGUGCUGAUUUAUGUAAUCUGGAACGUGGUAAGGAAAUCCAUGCACAGGCAAUAAAGAAGGGUUUUGAUUUGAGCUCGUAUGUGGUGAAUACUCUUGCUACCAUGUAUAAUAAAUGUGGGAAGUUGGAUUACGGAAUGUGCUUGUUUGGAAGAAUGAGAAUCCCUGAUGUGGUUGCGUGGACCUCGCUUAUUACUUCCUAUGUUCAGAGGGGUGAAGAAGAAAUUGCGAUUCAGCAGUUCAUGCGAUUGAGACACACAGAAGUGAGGCCUAAUGAAUACACAUUUGCAGCAGUUAUUACUGCAUGUGCCCAUCUAGGUAAAAAGAAUUUGGGUGAACAAUUACACGCUCAUGUCAUGAGAGUUGGUUCCAUGGAUGCUCUAUCAGUCGCAAAUUCAGUCAUGACAUUGUAUUCACGAUGUGGGCAGUUGAAAUCAGCAUCUUUGAUUUUUCAGUCUAUGACUAGGAAAGAUAUUGUAUCAUGGAGCAGCAUAAUUACAGGAUAUUCUCAAUCUGGAUAUGGCAAGGAAGCAUUCGAGUAUUUCUCAUUGAUGAGGAGCGAAGGGCCAAAACCUACUGAAUUUGCUUUUGCUAGUGUGUUGAGUGUCUCCGGAAGUAUGGCAAUUCUUGAGCAGGGUAAGCAAGUACAUGCUUAUAUUUUUAAAGUUGGAUUAGGACAUACAUCUUUGAUACAAAGUGCACUGAUUACUAUGUAUUCCAAAUGUGGAUGCGUAAAGGAUGCUUCACAAAUAUACAGUGGUGUAAGAAAUGAUGAUGUUGUGUCAUGGACUUCCAUGGUAAAUGGAUUUGCUGAACAUGGUGACAGUCUAGAAGCUAUAGAUUUGUUUGAGAAAAUGCUGCAAACUGGUUUGAAGCCAGAUGCUGUAACAUACAUUGGAGUUCUUUCUGCUUGUAGCCAUGCAGGGCUUGUAGACUUGGGUUAUCACUAUUUCAAUUCUAUGAGUUCGAAGUUUCAGAUUAGUCCGGUUAAGGAACAUUAUGGCUGCAUGAUUGACCUUUUAUGCAGAGCUGGAAGGUUAAUAGAAGCUGAGAACAUGAUUGAUAACAUGCCAUGUGAUGUAGAUGAUGUUAUCUGGUCAAGCUUACUGAGAGCCUGUAGGAUUCAUGGUGAUGUUGAGCGUGCCAAACGUGCUGCUGAAAGAAUUCUUGAGCAUAAUCCCCAUUGUGCAGGGACACUUACUACCUUAGCUAACAUUUACUCUGCAAAAGGAAAGUGGAGAGAGGCUGCGGAUAUCAGAAAGCUGAUGAGAUCCAAAGGGGUAGUAAAAGAGGCAGGAUCAUCAUGGAUUAAGGUUAAGGAUGAGGUUUCAGCAUUUGUUUCUGGGGAUAAAUCACAUUUGUAUAGUGAUCACAUCUACAGUGUCUUGGAUUUACUGAUCUCUGGUGUAGAUGUGUUCGAUCAGGAGGAUGAUAGCCUUCUGCACGACACAUGAUUAUAAAAGUAAGACAAUCUUGCUUUGAUCAUGUUAAGUGAGAUACUUAUUCUUGUAGCAUCUUGGUUCAAUCUUCCUCAGAGAUCAGACAUUUGCUUGGUAGAGAUCUUGAGGUAACAACAAGGCUCCUCGAGGCACAACCGCACAAGCGCAUCACUGCUGAAUAGCCCACAGGAGAAAUGAUGCUAUAGAACAGAGCAAAGGUGAAGUAGUUUCUAUUCUUGGACUUACUCUAGCAUGUAGCCGCUUCAACGAUAUGUACUCCCUCCGUUCCUCAUUGAUGUUCCUACUUGGAAUUUUGGCACUAUUUAGAAUUGUAAAAUCUUCUAAAUAUUUCUCAAUAUACAAGAAAAAAUAUAGCCAUGUGAAAUUUUGUUUGAUUCGUCUCAAUAAGUACUUUAAUAAUAUUAAUAUUUUUUAUAA